AUGGAUUGUCUAUCAGAGCUUGCUUUAGACAAAACUGCUAUUAAAGAACUGCCAUUGUCUGUUGAACUACUAGUCGGACUUACACGGUUCAAUUUGGAUGACUGCAAAAAUCUUGUGAGUCUUCCAAUUACUAUGAACGGCUUGAAAUCUCUUGCAAGUCUAACUCUCUCAGGUUGCUCCAAACAUGAAAACUUGCCAGAGACAUUGGGGGAAUUGAAAAGAUUGAGGGUCCUUAAUGUCGAUUGCAAGAGACUUCAAUCUUUACCAGAACUUUCAUCUAAUAUUCAGUUAAUUGAUGUGAGUGGUCGUACUUCACUGGAAACAUUGUCGAAUACAUUAAGGUUAUGCAAUUCAAAUUUGUCGAAUAUUUCAUGUGGAAACUGCUUGAAAUUGACUGGAUGCAGCAAUAUGGCAUUUUCAAUGUUGAAAGAACAUCUUAAUAAGAAAGCGCCAAAUUUGAGAGAGAUCUGA